UCAGUACGUGUGAUCUAUAAAUGGUCUGUCCUUCUCUCAUGCUCAUAGUCACUUGUGGACAUUAAUUUUGUUUUGGUAUAAGAUGGAGAUUGAAAUGGGGGUUGGGAAGGCUGAUCAGAUCGGAUUUGAGGGGGAUGCUGGUGAAUAUUACGUAUGGUCGAACUCAAAAACGCCAUUGUUGAGUCAGUAUAAGCUUGGUGCUGGCAAGCUUUUCCUCCGCCCUUUCGGUUUUGCUCUUCCUCACUAUGCGGAUUCCUCCAAAAUCGGCUUUCUACUUCAAGGUACCUGCACAUUUGGGUUAGUGUCACCAAACAGUCGAGAAGAAAAGGUUUUGCGGAUCAAGAAAGGCGAUGUGAUUCCACUGCCAUCAGGGGUGGUGUCAUGGUGUUUCAAUGGUGGUCAUACCGAUGCGGUCAUGGUAUUCAUGGGUGAAACCACCAAAGCCUUAGUCCCUGGCCAAUUCACCUACUUUUUCGGGGCCGGAGUUCUAGGGUUUCUAGCCGGAUUUCAAUCUGAGUUCGUUGGCAAAACCUUCGAUCUCGACCAAAAGCAAUCAGACACUCUUAUAAACAGCCAACAUGGUGCAUUGCUUGUUAAGCUGGAAAACGGAACCAAAUUUCCAGAACCAAAUGAACACAUCAAAGAGAAACUGUCUGCCACCAUUGAUGAUCCAUCGGGUGAUCACAUUAUCCUAAAACGCGGUGGACUUAUCAAUUCCUUAACGGAAAAGAACUUUCCGACUCUUGGUGAGAUCGGUCUAAGUGCAAAGUUUGUGAGGUUGGAGGGCAAUGCGAUGUUGGCACCGAGUUAUGUGACGAAUGGAUCGAUCCAGAUUAGAUAUGUGGGUAAGGGAAGUGGUUGGAUUAGGGUGGUGGGCAGUGAAGGAAAGCCUGCAUUGGACAAUAGGGUUGAAGAAGGCGAUUUGUUCAUUGUCCCUCAAUACUUUGCAACUGCUGAGAUUGCAGAUGAAUGUGGAAUGGAAGUUUUCUCCAUCAUUACAUCUUCAAACCCCAUAUUUGGAGAAUUGGCUGGAAGUAAUUCAGUUUGGAAUGCUUUGUCACCAGUGGUUUUACGGUCUACCUUAAAUGUCAGUGAAGAAUUUGAAGAAGUUUUCAAAUCGAAGAACACAAAAAGCAUAACAAUUGUGCCUCCAAGUACUUAACUUAUAAGAUGGUCAAAGUAAAAGUCAAGAUCAUAUGGAUGUUGUUUGUAUUUGAAUCUGUUUGUGAACAUGCAUGCAUGGUGUUCGAAUAAAGCAAGCUCAAGCUCAUACGUGCUUGCUUUAAUUCACCUGUUUGAUUUGUUUUGUGGGUUGGAUC